AUGACUACGUUCAAGCCACCUUGUUCAACAGCCCUAAAGAGGAGCUUCUUCCUGUUUGUCAGCUUCCGGGGAGCUGUGAGCUGCCACCAAGUGGCCCCUAAGCUACUACGGUGCUUCCAAGGUGGAUCCCAAGAACUGCCCAGUGCCCACCCAGACAUGGACAUAAGAGGCUGUACCUGGCUGCUGCUGCUGCUGCUGCUGCUGCAGCAACAGCCAGGGUCCUGUGUCCAGUGGCAGCCAGUGUCCUGUGUCCCAGCAACAGCCAGUGUCCUGUGUCCAGUGGCAGCCAGUGUCUUGUGUCCCAGCAACAGCCAGUGUCCUGUGUCCAGCAACAGCCAGUGUCCUGUGUCCCAGCGGCAGCUACUGUCCGGUGUCCCAACAGGUGAGACUGCUGUGUUCAGUGCCAUGCUCAUGUCUGAUUUGCGGAGCGCGGGACUGCAGCUCCAGGUAGACUUAGACCCCCAGGUCCUGUCAGGACAGAGCCACCAGCCUCUACGAAGAGCCAAGAGAAGAUGGGUUCUCACCACCCUAGAACUGGAAGAGGAAGACACAGGGCCCUUUCCCAAACUUGUUGGGGAGCUGUUCAAUAAUAUGUCAAAUAAUGUGUCACUGAUGUACUUAAUCAGAGGACCUGGUGUGGAUGAGUUCCCAGAGAUCGGUUUAUUCUCUAUAGAAGAUCACCAGAGUGGAAAAAUAUAUGUUCACCGCUCCGUCGAUCGAGAAGUGACACCAUCUUUUACGGUUUACUUUGAUGCUGUGGAUCGAUCCACAGGAGAAGUUGUGGACGAAUCCCUGAUUUUCAACAUUGGAAUCAGAGAUGUGAAUGAUCACGCACCCCAGUUUCCCGAGGAGGGAUUUAACAUCAGUGUGAAGGAGAGCCAAGCUGCAGGUGAACCUAUUUUUCAGUUGUUAACGUCCGAUAUGGAUCAAGAAAACACUCCAAAUUCUCGAGUCCUUUAUUUCCUCAUUUCUCAAACACCAUUACUGAGAGAAAGUGGCUUUCGGAUUGAUCUCAUCAGUGGGGAAGUACGACUCUCCGGAUGCUUAAAUUAUGAGACUGCUCCUUGGUUUACUUUGGUAGUCAGAGCGGCAGAUUGUGGAGAGCCAUCACUGUCAUCCACAGCCACCAUCCACGUCAGUGUGGGAGACAGCAACAACCACAUGCCGGCAUUUAUGGACGACCAUUAUAAGAUUCAGAUUUCUGAAGGUCAAGUCCAAUGGGGCGUGUUGCAUCUCCCCGUUCAAGACCAAGAUUCACCAUUUACACCAGCUUGGAAAACACAGUUCUACAUAUUGGAUGGCAACGAGGAGGAGCAUUUUGACAUUAUGACUGACCCUGAGACCAACCAAGGGGUAUUAAAUGUUAUCAAGCCUUUGGAUUAUGAAACUCAAGCAGCCCACAGCCUCGUUGUUGUUGUGGAGAAUCAGGAGCAACUCUUCUCUUGUGAGGAGGGCCAGUCGCAGCCAUCGACGAAGGCGAUGGCCAGUGCCACUGUGAGCAUUCAGGUGGUGGACACCAAUGACCCACCAGACUUUCACCCCAGGAGCUUCAUGGUCAGUGAGGAGGAUGGCGCUGGGCCCGGCAUCCAGCUGGGAGAUUUCAAUGCCACAGACCCAGACAGGAUCACCAGCCAGAUAAGGUACAAACUAGUUCAUGAUCCAGCAGAUUGGGUGACGGUGGAUGGAAAGUCUGGAGUGGUUACCACCAAGAGGCAAAUAGACCGGGAGUCCCCUCAUGUGAACGACAGCUUUUACACAGUUAUUGUCCAUGCAGUUGACGAUGGCCUCCCGCCGCUGACUGGCACAGGGACCCUGAUGCUUUUCCUGGCUGACAUCAACGACAAUGCUCCAACUCUCCAGUCCCAUUCUCGAUACUUGGAGGUCUGCGAGUCUGCCAGGGACAUGCCCCUGUUCUUAGAGGCCGAGGAUGCAGACCUGGACCCCUACUCUGACCCCUUUACUUUUAACUUGGACUCUGCCCAGAGAGAUGUAGAUGAUACUUGGAUGCUGAGGACAAAGCAGGGUGAAGGCCGCUCUGCUGAGCUCCUAAUGCUGAGAAGCCUCCCUCCGGGGGAUUACUUGGUGCCACUAUUCAUAGGAGACAGACAGGGCCUCACUCAGAAGCAGACGGUCCAUGUGAGGGUCUGCUCCUGUCCCGGUGGACCUGAGUGCGAGAAUCGCUCAGACGUGGGGCUGCUGUGGUGGGCCCUGUUCCCUAUCUGUGCAGCGCUCAUGGUGCUGGCAGCUGCUCUGUUUUCUCUACUGCGGUGUCACUUUGUAUUUGGACCCAAGAGGCUCAGAGGCUCCAUCCCAAGUGACAAUGGCCACCAGACACUGAUUGUGUACAACGAGGACAGCAAAGCCCUUUCAGCCCAGGGUCAUGGCAUGUUCUUUGAGCCAAGAGGCAUGAGGAACCGCUCUUCCACCCCAGUCUAUCUGGAGCGCUUGGUGCCCAGAUACCCGCUGCCUCUGAUGGAAGGCAGAGUGGUGGAGACGUGGGUUCAGAAGCUCCAUGCUGUAGAUGUUCUGGAUGGUGACACCAGCUACCAGCCUCAUGUUUACAGGGAGGAGGGAGAGUGUGAAGGAGCUGAGACCCUCAGCUCCCUGACCUUCUUGGAGCAGGACCUCUUCCCAGAGUUGCCAGACUGCUUGAGUUCAAUGUCGGUUCCAUCUGAAGCAAUGUGUUCUGCAUCAAGAGUCCCUCCAUAAAGGCAUGUGGUGGGCAUGAUUUGGGAGGAGAGUCACUCCUCAUGGACCCCCUCUUGUCCUUCAUCCUUGGGUACUUCCUAGUCCGCAGUAUUGCAAACUUGG